AUGGCUCGGUUGCUCAUGGGCAGUACCGCUUGCUCGCUGGUGGUGUUGCAGAGGACCAAAGAGACAUGUCAGACGACCCUUCUCGGGCCUGUUCACCACCUUGGGCCUUGUGGGAAGUCUUGCAAGGACACAGCUCCCAAAAAGGCUGACGACAGGCAAGACAAGGCCGAUCCUGCGCUUGUGCAGCUCGUCCAGCGCGAUGGAGCUCGGGAGCUCGAGCACCAGACCACGUUGGCCGCACCAAGAGCCUUCACAGCCGCCAUUCGCCGUCAUGAAAUGAUAUCAAGACCGUCUCUCCUAGUGACAAUCUCCUUCGCCAUGGCUGAAACAGGCAAGCACAAUGAGAACAUGAUGACCUCAAUUUACCAAGCGGGCAAUGAGCAUUGA